CAUGGCGGCUGCCAUGAGCAGCAGGACAGGAGCGUUCAGAGCUGCUAAAUAAACUAUAUUUAAUAUAAAACUGUUUUUAUGCGCCAAUAAGGAGAAAAGCCGCAGUCGAGAUGAGUUUGUGGUCUGAAAAGGUGCUGCAGCUUCUGCGCCGGAUGAACAGCUUCUGUUCCCCAGGCUCCAGUUUAGAAAAGUGCCUGCGGUUUGAGGUCGUGGGGCAGCAGGUGGGCUGGGUUCCCCCGAACGUGGUGUCCGUCCUGAGCAGGUUCCCUGAAGUCUUCUGCCCUCCACAUGGGGGCGCUGUGGCUCUCUGCCCAGGGCUGGACUCUUUGGAGAGGAGGUCAGCUGCUGUGGAGGCUGUCCUGCAGGAGCUGAGGGACGGAGGAGCCUUCGCCUGUCUGAAAGGCUGGAGGAACGAGAGGUACGCGGUGAUGCCGAGGUACUGCGACGCUCCGCUGAUGCACAUGGAGAGAGCGGCAACCAGUCUGUUCGGCGUGAAGCGCUACGGCGUUCACGUUAACGGUUUCAGUCGGGAUGGAAACGGUAAUCUGAGCAUGUGGGUGGCGAGAAGAUCAAACACUAAACAAACUUACCCUGGAAAACUGGACAACCUGGCAGCGGGGGGGUUGGCGGCGGGCUGCAGUGUUAAACACACUCUGGUGAAAGAGUGUGAGGAGGAGGCGUGUAUCCCUGCAUCGGUGGCAGAGAGAGCGACACCUGUAGGAACCAUCAGCUACACGUAUGAAGAUGAAGAUGGAGUUUUCCCUGAGUGCCAGUUUGUGUUUGAUCUGGAGCUGCCCAGCAACUUCAGGCCUGAGAUUGGAGAUGGAGAAGUGCAGGACUUCUACUACUACCCUAUAGAGAAGGUGAAGGAGCUGCUUGCGACCGAGGAGUUUAAGCCCAACUGUGCCAUGGUGGUGCUGGACUUCCUCAUCAGACACUCCGUCAUAGAGCCUGACUCAGAGCCAUAUUAUCAGGAGUUUGUUGCCGGCCUGCACAGAUCACUGUAAACACUCCAGCUACGUCUGCACACAUUCUCCAUUUCCCCACGUUUACAUCUGAGUCCUGAAAAAAACACGACAAAUACUUACUCUAUAAGAUUUUUUAUUUUCUCUCAGUACUUUAAAACUCCGAAGAUGCGUUGGUAUACAAAAGAUUAUUGAUGCAUCAAAGGUUUUUUCUAUUCUCACAAUGAAAUGCAGAAUCUCUUAAGAAAUUACUUGCAUUUUAUAACAUGGCAAUAAAACAGUUUCCUCCAAAUCUUCA